CAGAUCUUGUAUAUAUAUACAUGUAAAAACCAAUGAAUAAUACAUCUCAGUUUCUACUUUCAAUCUCCUUCUUCACCUCAAUAGUGCGGGCACAAUUUCUGUCCAUCCUCACGGUCUACAAAUUAACUGGGUUUCUUGAUGGAUCUAAGCCUUGCCCACCAGCACCAAUCAGAGAGGUUUCGGACUCACCCUUUGAGCUUUGGAUCUACCAAGAUCAGUCAAUCCGUCAUGCCAUUCUUACAUCAGUUUCAGAACCAAUUACUCCUUACAUAUCUGCUGUUGAAACUUCCCAACAAGCUUGGAGAACUCUAGCUAAUCUCUAUGCCAAUCACUCAGUUUCAGAACCAAUUACUCCCUACAUAUAUGCUGUUGAAACUUCCCAACAAGCUUGGAGAACUCUAGCUAAUCUCUAUGCCAAUCACUCAAGAUCUAAAGUUUUUACACUCAAGGAGAGGCUUCAAGACACUCAUCAUGAAGGCCGCACUAUCUCUGAAUUUCUUCAUCAACUCAAGGUGCUUGCCGAUGAACUUGCUGCAAUUGACAAACCUCUUACCAACGAUGACUUGACGGUGCAUGUACUCAAUGGAAUAGGCCCUGAAUUUCCUGAGAUCUCUGCUUCAAUUCGUGCUCGAGAUGAGCCACUUUCAUUUGAAGAACUUCAUGAUAGACUAGUUGCCCAUGAAGAAAGCAUGCAUAGGGAAGAAACUCGAAUUGAAAAUACACCAGUGACUGCCCAUUUUGCUGCUAUGCCCACAAGGAGACUUGCUGGCCAAGGACUUGCAACCCACUAUGCAGCAUCUACCAGUCCAAACACUAAUGAAUGGGUGAUUGAUUCAUGUGCUAAUAAUCAUAUCACAACUGAUCUGUCAAACCUGGCAUUGCAUUCAGAAUAUAAUGGCCCUGAUGAACUAAUUAUUGAAGAUGGCUUAGCCCUCCACAAAAUCAACUUCAAUUUUUCCUUCUUCUUCUCCAGCACCAGACCCAGCUCCAUCCCCGGCUCCUCUCUCAGCCUUGCUACCACCGAUGCCUUCCACCACUACCAACUCACCUUUGCAGGACUUCGUCAUCCCAAUCUUGCAGGAUGCAUCGCCUCCCAUUGCUUGCGGUUCAGAUCUGGAUUCCUCUCCCUCUUACUUAGGUAUUUCUUGCCCUCCUACUACCUCCCUGCUGCCGUCAACUCCCUUCCCUCUCCCUCUCCUUCUUCCUCAUCCUCGUCCCCUGUCUCCUCCUCGUCACCAGCCUCUGUCUCACCUUCUCCCGUCACCAGCUCCUCUUCACCUAGUCUGGCCCCAAUCCCCUCCCACCCAGCACCGCCCAAUACCCAUCGAACUCACUCCAUGGUCACCCGCUCCCUCAAUAACAUCUUCAAGCCAAAACAGAUGCAUCUUGCCACCAAACAUCCUUUCCCCGCCACUGUUGAGCCCUCAUGUGUGAGCCAAGCCUUGCGUCACCCCCAAUGGCGAAGGGCUAUGUCCGAUGAGUUUGAUGCUCUUGUUCGCCAAGGGAUUUGGGACCUGGUUCCAGCCUCUCCGACCCAGAAUGUUAUUGGGUGCUUUCAUCAGCGGCUUGGUCACGACUAUUCCAACACCUUUAGCCCUGUUAUCAAACCCACCACCAUAUGCACUGUGUUUACCAUUGCUGUCAGUCAAGCUUGGCCAAUUAGGCAACUUGAUGUGAAUAAUGCGUUUCUCCAUGGCUCUGUUGAGGAAGACUUAUACAUGGCUCAACCGGCCGACUUCAUUAAUCAAAAUCUUCCUCAUCAUGUCUGCAAAUUGAAGAAAGCCAUCUAUGGACUUAAGCAGGCUCCCCAUGCUUGGUAUAUUGAAUUGAAGCAAUUCUUGCUUGCCUGUGGUUUGGUUAACUCUCGCUCUGAUUGUUCCUUGUUUAUUCAUAAUAAAUCCGGGAUUGUUAUCUAUGUGUUAGUUUAUGUUGAUGAUAUAUUGAUUACUAGCAACAGCACUGCUUUUAUCUCAGAUUUGAUCAACAGGUUGGGGCAAAAAUUUUCAUUAAAGGACCUUGGUGAACUUAGUCUAUUUUUGGAUGUUGAGGCAGUUAAAACUUCUACUGGUUUAUUUCUCUCUCAGCACCAAUAUAUUAAUGAUCUUUUACAGAAAAGCAAAAUGGAUGGUGCCAAAACAGUUGCCACACCGAUGUCCUCCUCGGGUUUGUCACCUCAGAGUGGUUCUGCAACUCUCUCCGAUGCUACAGCUUACAGGCAAUUACUUAGUUCUUUGCAGUACUUGUCCUUAACUCAUCCUGACAUUUCAUUUGCUGUAAAUAAACUGUCUCAGUAUAUGCAUUGUCCCACUAAGUUGCACUGGCAGGCAGUCAAACAUAUUCUCCGAUAUCUAAAGGGCACCAUGUUCCAUGGCUUAUUGAUACGAUCCAGCUCUAGUCUCGCUCUCCAUGCUUUCAGUGAUUCUGACUGGGCAGCUGACAAGGACACCUUUGUGGCUACUACCAGCUAUCUUGUAUUUCUCGGUGCCACACUUAUAUCUUGGAAGGCUAGCAAACAAAAAGCCAUUGCUCGAAGCUCUACCGAGGCAGAGUAUAGAGCCUUGGCCGCUGCCUCCUCUAAGUUAGUUUGGGUACUGCAUUUGUUGAGUGAGCUUGGUCUUCCUUCUAGUACGCCACCUGUUCUCUACUAUGACAAUGUUGGUGCUACAUACCUUAGCAGUAAUCCAGUCAUGCAUUCCCAUAUGAAGCACAUUGCAAUUGAUCUCCACUUCAUUCAUGAUUUAGUUGACAAGAGAAUUCUUCGUGUUUCUCACGUUGCCUCAGCAGAUCAACUUACAAAUGGGCUAACCAAACCAUUAUCUUCCUUCCGCUUUGCCUUGCUACGGUCCAAGAUUGGUGUCGUUGAUGGCUCCACCAUCUUGUGGGGGCGUAUUAAGGCAACUGCAGAUACUGCUCUGACAAUGGCUCAAUCACAAGGGAAAUCAAGCUUGAAUGAUUCUCCCAAUCAUUCUGCCAAUCAAAUAAUUUGCAAUAAUUAAGAUUUUACUCUUUAUGUAUAUUUCCUUUUCACUAGCUCUUUCCAUAAGAAUAAAUUAGGGCUACUUCAGAUCUUGUAUAUAUAUACAUGUAAAAACCAGUGAAUAAUACAUCUCAAUUUCUACUUUCAAUCUCUUUCUUCACCUCAAUAAAAGUUACACAAUUCG